AUGGCGGCAACUAUGGAAGACCAACUCCUCCAACUCCUCUCCGAUACGCAGCUCCCCGCCGAAGGCCCCCGCAAACAAGCCGAGCUACACCUGCAACAAGCAGAGAGCAAUCCUGCCUUCCCGGGCUCCCUCUCCGCCAUCGCAUCGCACGCCUCUGUGAGCCCUGAGAUCCGUCAGAGCGCGCUGCUCUUGCUCCGGACAUUUGUCGAGAAGAAUUGGAGCGGUGCGAGUGAUGAUGGGCCCGCCGUGCCAAUUGACAUUGCGGUGAAGGAGCAGUUGAGGCUGCAGAUGUUGGAGCUGGCUACGAGUGGUGAUGCGGAUAGGAAGAUCAAGGGCGCGGCGAGUUAUGUCGUGAGCAAAAUCGCCAAUGUCGAUUUCCCGGACCAGUGGCCUAAUCUGCUACCAGCGCUGCUACAUCUCAUUCCCAAUGCUACGGACGCACAAUUACAUGGCGCGUUGAAAGUAUUGGCUGAUCUUGUGGAGGACUCGCUGAGCGAGGAUCAGUUCUUCUCCGUAGCGCGGGACAUUGUGAAUGUGGUCUACGAUGUGGCUGUCAACGAGAGUAGGAAGUCUACCCUGCGCGAUGAACAUGGAAAUGAAGUCAGAGGCUUUGCGGAUGAGGCUAUCAAGGCUUGGACCCCUUUCUUUAUGAGCGUUUUGAAGAAAACACUACCUGCGAGACCGAAGGAUGAUGAGGGCUAUGAAAGCGGGGUGGUUAAGACUCUGAUGAAGAUCCGACAAGUUUUCCCACAAUUAUUACUCCCUCAGAGUCCUGCCCUCUUCAGUGCUUCCUGGGAGGAGUUGCUGCUGCUCAAAGAUCAUUACAAGAAAAUGUACGUUGACAAUGAUGAGCAGGGGCGGCUGGAGGAUGCAGAUUUGUUGCCUUAUACACUGGAUUUCUUGGUUUUGGAGGAGUUGGAUCUUCUUCAAAUGUGUUUGCGAGCACCGCCGGUCCAAAAAGAACUCGAGGCAACCAUUCAACAAAAUGCCGGUGUUUCUUCCACUCCUUGGGUCAUGGAUGUCAUGAAGUUGGCUGUAGACUAUGCACAAAUCGCGAUGGAGGACGAAAACCUAUGGGAUAUCGAUGUUAACCUCUUUUUGGCCGAAGAAACUUCCGUCACAGCAAACUAUACGGCUCGGACAGCCUGUGGUGACCUGCUCAUUAAGCUGGGCGAGUGGCUUCAUCAGGGGGCUCUCGAAGGCCUCCUUGCGUACUCCCAACAACUUUUUGCCUCAGAGACUGCUACGUGGAGAACUCGGGAAGCUGCUUUGUUCUUACUAACGCAGCUAUUGACGGAUUUCCUGGACAUGGAUAAGACGGUAUCUCCAGAGAUCACCACUGCGUUUUUGGGACUCAUAGACUAUGCUAUCAACCGACCGGAGGAGCCACUUCUGAGAGCUCGUGGAUACCUUGUCUCUGGCCUCCUCGUACAAAGCCUGCCUGAAGUCGCUCUCGGCUUACUUGACCGUACCAUUGCAAGUGUCAACAGCGAUGGAGCGGAAGUAGUCCAGGUCGCUUGUAUUAAGACUUUGCAGGGCUUCAUGACUCAGAGAUUGUCAGUUGUACCGGCCGACCGACAAGUCACAAUAAUUGCUGCAAUGUCAGAUUUCCUAUACGCCAAGGAUCUUACCGAACUUGAAGAUGCGGAUGACCUCUUGAUAACUUUAGUCGAGACACUGCGUGAUGCUGUUGAGCUUGAUCCUAGGAUUACAAUCGCUCCUGACAGCAGCGUACUCGACCUACUUUUCGUCCUUGCCAAACACGGGGCAUCCAAUUUCCAAUUGACGAUGCUGGUAAACGAGUCAUUUGAAAAUAUUGUGGGUGAGCUGGCUACAAGUAGUGAAGCAUACACCGCCUUAUGUGCAAAGGUGCUCCCUUCACUAACAGGUGCCUUUGAUGUGGGCGAUAUGACUGGAGAUAAUCCUCUAGUUGAGCUUGCAACUGAUUUGCUCGCAGUCCUGACGGAGAAAGGCUCCGAGCCGCUUCCACCAGGAUAUGUGGCGCACGUACUACCCAAGUUGAACCGCCUCCUAAUGGCAACUACCGAAGGAGGCGUUUUACGACCGGGCGUUGAGGCUAUCAAGUACAUGCUCAUGCAUGACCACCAACAAGUUUUCGCAUGGCAAGAUGAAGCGAAUAGAUCCGGGCUAGAAGUAUGCUUGAUCAUUAUUGACAAGCUACUCGGGCCUAGUAUUGAAGACAAUGCUGCUUCUGAAGUCGGAGGUUUGGCCGCUGAACUCGUUGAAAAGGCGGGGCAAGAACGGCUUGGUCCGUACUUGGAGCAGCUACUGCGGGCUGUGGCUUCGAGACUUGCUAGUGCUGAAGCGGCUCCUUUCAUCCAGUCUCUGAUUCUAGUCUUCGCCAGACUCUCACUUGUUGGUGCCCACGAUGUUGUGGAAUUUUUGACUCGAGUUGAGAUCAAUGGCCAGAGUGGUCUACAAGUUGUUCUAAGCAAAUGGCUCGAGCACUCUGUCAACUUCGCUGGAUACGAUGAAAUCAGACAGAAUGUCAUCGCUCUUUCCAAAUUAUACAGUCUGAACGACCACCGUGUAAACCAAACAAUGGUUAAAGGUGACCUUAUAAUCCCCACUAGUGAUAGAAUUAUGACUAGGUCACAGGCUAAAUUAAACCCAGACCAAUUCACCAUCAUUCCCGCGCCCCUCAAAAUCAUCAAGGUCCUCAUCCAAGAACUCGAAUCGGCAUCUGGACUUCACAGCGCAUCAAAUGCACUUGCCGCAGCAGCAGCCGAAUUCGCAGACGAGGAAGGCGAAAACGACGACUGGGAAGACGUACCCAGCACUCUUGAUCUUGGCUUAGGAAGUACCAAAGCCGACCUGAUGGCGUUCGGCGAGAGCUCUACAAAUUUCAUGCGCCAGAAAGACGACGAGACUCAAGCUUAUCUGAGCGAGUUCUUCAUUAAAGCCGGUGGUGAAAAUGUUGCUGGCUUCAAUGAGCUUUAUGCGGCUCUAUCUGAUGAAGAGAAACGGAAAUUGAACGAGCUGGCACAGCAAGUGCAACCUCAGCCUCAACAGUAG